UCUAACGGUGCCAUCUCUAGUGGAAAAUGUCUCAAAACCAAGUAAUUGUAUUGCAGUCGGGCUAUUCUCACGCCGAUGAGGAGGAACCGGGCGCCAUGCGCGCUAACUGCAGCUGCACCUUAAUACGUUGCAGAGAUGGCACCAACAUUAUUGUGGACACACUGACAGCUUGGGAUGGAGAGCACCUGUUGCGGCUUUUGUCGGAGGUGGGAUUGCAACCGCAGGAUAUAAAUGUGGUGGUUUGCACGCACGGACAUUCGGAUCAUAUUGGUUGCAAUUACUUGUUCCAGCAGGCACGUCUACAUUUGGUAGGCGCUUGUGCCUCACACAAAGAUCUUUACUUUGACCAUUUUGGGGGUGGCGAUAAAGAUGAGAAAUAUAGCCUCGACAAACAUGGUGAGGUGGUGGUGCAACGCACACCUGGCCAUACACUAAGCUGUGUAUCCGUCAUAGUGCACAAUACAGCACUGGGAACCGUGGGUGUCUGUGGAGAUCUGUUCGAGCGCCAGGACGAUGUCGCUGAUGCUUCGAUAUGGCAAAAUGCGGGCUCUGAGGAUGGAAAACAACAAUGCACCGAGCGGUUACGUAUGGCCCAACUGUGUGCGCACAUUGUGCCAGGACACGGUCCAAUGUUUGCAGUGACUGAUGAGUUGCGUAGCAAAUUAGAAGCAGAUGCACUUAAUUUAAUAUUGAAAUAAAACGGUUAGCGACUAUAGAAUGA